ACUUGGCACAUCCUUUUUAAUAAAAUAUUUUUAUGAUGAGCAUGAGGAAUAAAUCGUUUACUGAUGUAAAACAAAAAUCAACAACUCGAUAUUUACUACAUGUAAUGUAUCUUUACCGUCAAAACAGUAAAAACAUAAAGUUUACAUUAUUUAGCAAGAUUUAAAAGUUUCUUAUUUUCAAUCUGAUUGAAAAUGGAAGCGGAGCAAUGUACGGUAUUAGAGAAAUGUUCAUGGUUUUUUUUUUUGUUUAGUUAAAAAUUAUGCAACCAAUCCAUGUGAGUCUUCCAUCCGUGUUAUAUUUUGUGUUAUUUUUAUGAUCAUAUGAAUACAAUGUCAUAUAUAUAUUUCAUUUUUUUUUCAAAGGAAUCAUCGUUAAUACCAAGUGGCAAAGCGGGCAUCGUGGGGAAGAAUUUGUGAUCUUAUUACAUCAAACAUGACGACUAACAUGGCCAAAGGAACAGGUUAAUACUGGGUUUAACAAGAUCAGGGAUACAAUUAAUCUAAGAGACCCGGAAUGAAAUCGGGCUAUAUCGCUUUGGUUACCAUUUAGCCAACAGACUAGCAAAUGAUGGUUUUGUCGUUUUUGCUGGUGAAAUAAGCUUAACUGAAGACUGUGCCAUCAAUGUAAGGGAUAGAAAAGUGUCAAAUUUACAUGCAGUUCAGUUAGAUGUUACAAAAACAGAAGAUAUUCAACAAGCGGUAUUGAAAGUUAUAAACAUAUCUGGAGGAUUAUGGGGCAUGGUUAAUAAUGCUGGAAUUGAGUUAUCUGGAGACAUUGAACUUUGCACCCUAAGUUUAUACAGAAAAUUUCAAGAGAUUAACUUAUACGGAUAUAUAGCUGUGAUAAAGGCGUUCUUACCAAUGAUUCGAAAAAUCGAAAGAGGUAGAAUUGUCAAUGUUUCAAGUAUAUUAGGCAGACAAAGCUGGCCAGGAAGAUCUGCAUAUCAUAUAAGUAAACAUGGGAUAGAAACAAUGUCAGACUCAUUGAGAUUGGAAAUGGUCAAGUUUGGUGUUGGUGUAUCGAUCAUUGAACCUGGGAAUUAUGGUCAUGCUACAAGUAUAGCUGCUGAAGUAGCGUGUGAAAGAAUCAAACAAGACGUCGGGAAGAUGUGGGACGAAGCUACACCAGAAGUCAGACAGUUUUAUGGAAGGGACUAUUUCUUUCGUGCUUUGAAGGGAUACACUGAAUGUUGUUCAAAAAUUUACCCUAUACUUGACACAGAAAAAAAGCUGUGCAACCUGUGACAGAAGCUAUAAAGGAUGCCUUAAUUAACACUCGACCUAAAGCAAGAUAUAUAGUUGACGGUGGUACUGGACUUAUUGACAUAGAU